UAUAUACAUCUAUCAUGGAAAAGCCAUAUUUCUUAAAAUAGACUAAGAAAGAUCAGGCUUCAAAAUAUUUCAAGAUUAAAAAGGAAAGAAAAAGUUGAAGAAAAGUUCAAAGAAAUUAUGUCUAAGACCAUCGACCCUAAGGAAGAGUUUAAUAAGAGUCAUCAGAAUGGAAUAGAGGAAGAGCCUAAAACUCCUCUUCAAUUGAACACCAAAAGAUCGAAAGUUAAUUCUCCUGGGAAAUCUCCAAGAAGAAAUAAAUAAAAGCCCGAGCGGGUCGAAAUUAAGAACUAUAAACAGACCGUGGGUUUUUAAGAAAUCACUGAAUGCCUUCACUUCCAGAAGAAGUUCGAGAGAUCCUAUGCAUUCAAAGAGUUCUCAAAGAAAGAAGAAGACUCCAAAACAUAUGUGAAGUCCAGAAAAGGAUCCUUCAAAUAAUCAUCAUGGAUUAGGAACAUAUUCACGCAAACUAAGAAAAGCAUCAAUGGCAAGAUUACUAAAUAUAAGUUGCCAGAACCCUAUAUUAGAUAAACCUAGUCAAGUCCAAGCCUUAUGUAACAAACUCAAGAGAUUCGUGAAGAAAAAUAAGAAGUCAAGAUCUAUUAAUUUUAGUACCUAA